AUGACCACUGAUUUAGAAAGAAUCAAGAAAUUAGAGGAUCAGAUAACGCAUAAUUCUUCAUACCAGCAAUAUUCAGCAAUGAAUCAGGAAAAUCUAGUCGUCAAAAUUGAAUUCCUAAAUAAAGAGAACAUUCAGCUUAAAACUGAACUCUCUGAGAAUACAAAAAUGCUCGAGCUCAAAGAAAAGCUACUAAAUGACUUGAAUAAUGGCAGAGCUCAAAACUUUGCAGCUAGGAAAUCCAGGAAUCAAUCACAAGAGAAAACCAGAAUCUCAAGAGCCAAUUUAAUGAUCUCAAAUAAAGAACGAGAUGAGUCCCAACAGAAAUGACUUGUACUUGAGCAGAUUAUCCGGCAUUAUAAAAGCGAAGAAAAAGAUUUCCAGAAUACUCUUGAAGAAAAAUUGUUUGUCCAAGGACAGAUUAUCGCCAAGAAAGAUGUGACUAUUGAGAACUGGCAACAAAAAUUUGCUGAUCUACGAGUCCAAUACGAGACCAUUUUGGAACAAAUAAACUCAGGCAAAUUAGGAAAGGAACCAAUCCAUUUGCGGAAUGUCAUAGUCGAGCAGCCCAUAAUUGAACCUAUAGAGGAGUUGAUUAUGUACAAAUGUAGGGAUCACUGCAAGAUUAGUGACUUCAAUGAGCUCAAAGAAGAACAUAAAAAGGAAAUGGAAAGGUUCAACAAUGUAAAAUAGAUACGUCACAAUGCUGACUGACAAAAUUGUCAAAUAUAAAGACGUUGUUUUACAGUUCAUUAAUAUCACUCCUAAAGCUAAACUGAAGAAGAAUAUUAAUCUAGGCGAUCUUAAUCUAGAUGAAGAUGAUCCACUACUGAGAGCAGCUGACCAGCUCUCAGAUCCAGAAACUCCUGAUGUCUCAGCAAGAUUCAAUGUGAAAAAGAAUAUCAAAAAGGAUGCUAAAAAGCAGAUUAAAGAAAGAGAGCGUCAAAAGUUGCAAGAUUAUAAAAUCAAGGAGCCUGAGGAGAAGAAGGAAGAUCCUAGUGAAGAUCUUCCUUCUCUUAAGCCAUCGCCUAAGUUGUCCCCUAAAAAGGAGAUUGAAACUCCUAUAGAGCAAUCAUCAAAAGAGAAAAGUGUCAGUCCUAGAGAUUUAGAUAUGAGAGACACAAGGUCUGAUGAGAUGAAGAGUAGAAUCGGAGGAUCGAUUCAGAGAGUAAAGCUAACUAAAGUUCCAGCUAAAAUAGAAGAGAAGGAAACAGAGAGUAGCCGGACUCAAAAGAACGUAUUAUUUGACGAUACUUCCUCAGAUCCUUCUCUAAGUCAAAGAAUUGAAAGAGAUAGUUCUUUGAAACAAUCCUCAAGCUCAAAGAAAGAGUCUUUAUCCGAAAGAGUUGUUCAGCUUCGACAACCUCAAACAAUUGUAAAGCAAAUAGGUGACAAUAAAGUUGUACUUAGACAACUACAACCAACUAAGGUUGUUUCAAACACAACAAAACCUGUAGGAAGAAAAAUUUCCUCUCAUCAGACUAACCAAAGAGACAAAUCUCCCGAUAGCUUCACUCUUUCAGACAAUUCCCAAAAACCCAAAAAUCUCAAAAAAUCCAAAUCACCCCAAAACCAGAAAAAUCUCCCUCAAAACGAUUCCAUCUUAGAGGACCUCGAAGAGGUCCUCCAAAGCCCCCAAAACCCCACUCCCACCUCAAAAUCCCCCGUUCAAAACUCCCUCAAACCCGCCCCAGAGCCCUUCCAAAUCGACUUCAACACCAUCAAAAACCUAAAACCCCAAGCUGAAGAAAUCCCCACUCAAAAAGUAACCAAAAUCGAAUUCAGCGCUAUCCCCUUGACCAACCCCACCCAUGCCGCACAGGAACGGUCUCUCUCUGAACCUGCUGAAUCCAGUAGUCAUUCUAUUCACAAAAGUGAUGAGACACCUAAUACACCUCCUUUUUCGAUCAGGAAUAUGGACUUGGAAUAUACACAAGGAAAGUACAAGAAUGUAAUCCCAGCACUAGACUUCAACUUACUAGGGAAGAAGAAAAAGAAGAGAGAUCAAAUAGAGCAGAAGAAGGAGAUUAAACCUCCAACCCCAGAGGUUACAUAUUAUGAAGAAGAGGAAGAAGAGGUAGAGUUUGAGGAAGAGAGCGAUAAAAAUGAGGAUAAAAUGUUUAAACCAGUUAAGAAACAAACACAAAAAGAAAAAAAGAGAAGUAAUAAAAAGAUUAAAGCUCAAGGAGCUCAGUUGAAGGAACUUCCUCAAGCUGCGAAAGAGCCCUCAUUGGAGGAACUAGCGCUGGAAUCUAUAGGAGCUUCUACUGUGGAUAAGAGAUCUCCCCAAGAUGCACCAACAAAAAGUAAUAUAAAACUUAGUGGUCUCAAUAUUGCCAAUCAGAAGGAUCGUACUCGUGGAACAACUCAAUCCAUGAUGAACAAAUCUAAAGGUUCUCAAGGGAUGAUGGGUAGUACCAUGAACAGUACUGUGUACAACCCAACCUUAAACCAACCCAAAAAAAUAGUAAUCAAAGAACAAGAAGCUCAGAAAGCUCGUGAAGAGCGUGAGAGGCAAAUGGAGGCUGAACGUACCAAAAAGCCGGAAAUAUACUACAAAGCUCAUGCCGAGCUAAAAGAACAAAAGCUUCGUGAAAAGAUUAUGAAAGAAAAACUUCUUCGUGAGAAACAAAAAGAAGAGGAAGAAAAAGUAAAAGCUCACACCCUAAAGGAAAACCAAAAGAGAAAGAUUGAAAAGCUAAAACGUGAGAAACAAGAACGUCUUAAGGGAAAGCAAGACAAGCUCAGAAAGAAGGAAGAAGAGAAAUACGACCCUAAUGACCGUCUUGAGGUCGAAAGCAGCAGGAGUGAUGAACCUUACAUUGAAAAAGACCUAAAAUCUGAGUCUAGUGAAGGCGAAGAAAUUAUUAUAAUUGAAGAGGAAGAAGAGGAAUACGAAAGCGAGAGUGCUGAAAAGCCUACCACCCCUCCUAAAGAAAAACGCAAACAGAAUAAGAAAAGUCGGCUCGAGAAGCAGAAGGAAGACCUUCUGCGUCAGAAAGAGGAAAUGCAGAAAGAAAUUGCCAGAAGAAGAGAGGAGAAAGAGAGAGAACGCAAGAGAGAACGAGCAAUUAGACUAGAAGAAGAAAGAAGACUUAGACUUGCUAAAGAAGAAAAAGAGAGAAAAGCAAGGGAAAACCGUCAGAAACCAACCAAAGAGCAAGCAAAACGAAUGGUCAGAGAGAGACAGGAGGAAGAGAAACUUAGGUUAGACGAGAUGAGGAACAUGGAACUGAUCAAGAAGAAAAAGGAAAUGGAAGAGAAGAAACUUAAAACCAUCUCUAUGAAGAAGCAUGAAAGCUCUAGUAGCUCAGAAGAGUCAGAUAGUUUCCCAGAGGAUCUACCUUCAUCAGAGAAGCAAAGGCAUAUGAAUCCUGUAUCUUUUGUACAGAAAGCAGAAGAGUUGGUAAUGCAGCAGAUUAUAUCCAAUGCUAAUUUUGGGCCUGAAUCUCCUAAAAACAAGUCUUCUAAGAAAAAUAAGCCUGUUUUGAAGCAGAGAGAAGAGGCGAUGAAUUCUCACAAAAAGGACAAAAGAAGUUACAAUAAAGAGUCAAAAGCUGUCCGUAAGGAUCGUCCAUUACAACCCGAAUCAUUGUCAGAGGAAUAUGAAUUAAUUGAGGAAGAGGAAGAAUCUGAAAGUUCAGAUACGGCUAAAUAUUCCCCUCCUCCAAAGAAAAAGAAGCAUAAAGAGUUCAAGAUAUAAUUUCAACCAAAUCUU